GAAGUGCGUUUUGCUUUUCAAGUUUCAUUUUCUCCUAAACAAAACUUGUGAUGAUGACGAGUCACCCUCUGGUGAUAAAUAGCUUGCAGAACACAUGACCUGUCAGACUAUCCGGAACAUUCUGGUAAGAAUAGGCUUUACAGUCUUAUUGUUUCAAUGGAUUGGGCACCAAUAUUUCAGAGCAAAGUAUCCGAAUAUUCACAAGGAGACCAGUGGCAGCUGCAGUUUGAUGACACAAUUACAAAACAGCAGGACGCAGGCUGGGAGCAGUACGAACGGACGAUUUUUGCAAGGUUUAAAUGCAGCCUGUGUAGGCGCACCUGGCCUUCCAACCUUGUGAAGGUGAUCUUCCAUUUUCGGCUAAACUCUCAUCAGGGCAUGGUCAAGGCGCGCGCCUUUCGUCAAAACUGCAAGAAAUGCACAAAUGCACCGAUGGAGGAUCUGAUAGUUGAAGAUGAAGUCAUUAACAUCCUGAUGGAUAAUCUGGUGAAGAACAUCAGGAAGAAGUGCUACCAUGAGAUCUUUGAUUAUGUGCCCAGAGAACAUACGGGUGUGGAAGUAGAGAACCCCCAUGAGCCUGCUCAUUGUGAGGGCUGCAGGGCUGGAGUCUGUGUUGGAGGUGCCGCCUUGCCAAAUGUAAGGCUAUUUCAUGGAGGCAGAGGACGUGGAGGUAGAGGGCGUGGAGGUAGAGGGCGUGGGCACAGAUACUGAAGGUAGAUGAGUCAUGGCUUUGGUUCAUGGGUUUGUAUGGAAAGCCAAACCAUAAAUGUAAAAAUGACUGGACAGUUACAGCCAGGUGCAAUAAAUGUGAAUUUGGUUGCUUUCUUUAUCCUUCUUAUUUAUUACAUUACGAUAAUGUUUUAAGUGUGCAUUGAUUUCAGUUGGGCGGACAGGGGAGACUGGGGAUGGUUGUCACUUUUUUGUGGUAAUUUGAAUAGAUCUUAAGCUGCAGGAAACACAAUAUGCAAAUGGGAAUGUCAAAUGUCACACACUACAAUGUCGCAAGUUUUUGUCUGAUAGAAAACAUGUCCAACUUUUUCAGCUGUCGCCACAUUUAGGUCUUCAAAGACCUAAAGACUAAAAGUUGAACUAACAAUCAUACACUUCCACAUCAUUGUGAAUGAGCUGAGUAAAUCAAUGUAAUGCAAUGUAAUAAACUGCAAUAAAUGGAAUUUUAUGACCAGUGCUGAUUGUACAAGUGAUGCAUAAAUUUCCAUUCUAUUAUCAAUAUUGUAUCUGUCUCCUUGAUAUCUUUGCACCUUACCCAAGACAAAAUUCCCCAUGUGGGACAAUAAAGUUUAUUUUUGUGACCAGA